AGUUGGGUUGGUAUCCUUUACUGUUUUCGUUGUUGUUGUUGUGAAUGGCAAACAGUCAAUUGUUUAUUUAUUUAUAUUUAUACUCAAAAAUAAACCACAGGUUAUUCAAUUUUAUUUUGGCGAUGGCGAGCUUGGAUGAAAAGUGGAAAGCUGUGGACAACUUUAAGUCUGUUGUGGUAGAUCGUGAAAGAGAUGUUGUUCGAGUGACAAAAGAACUGUAUGAUCUUCAUAGCAACAGAGAACAACUCAGGGUUGUAACAAGUAGUAACAACUAUCGCUUGACCAUACCAUUCGCUCCGCACAUGUUCGGUUCUGGCAAGACCACGUUUUAUGUAACCUAUUUGGAGUUGGUGCGAUGGUUUAGUGAAACUUCCCUGUCGACUUUUGCUUGGAACCCUUUGAGGAGAACCUUUCUGGAGAAGCUGAAAAGGGCUUCGUUGCUUUACAUCGACCUAAGGCUGCUAAAGCCCACUCUCCCCACCGAAGAAAAACGCAACCUUGAGUGGGCAGUCUACUAUUUGUUAAUAAAGGUUGCUUGUUUGCAGUCAGGUCUUCCGCAACCAGACCCGGACGAAUGUUUCAAGGAACUGAAACUUAGGACUGAUGCUGUGGUUCAGAAAUUCCGUUCAAUCUUAAACAUUCCUUCGGAUCAAUAUCUUCUUAUAGCAUUUGAUGAAGUUGGUGUCCUAGACGAAAGUCUCGACGAAUUUCAUUUCAAGAGAACCCACGGCGGUAGAGUUCGACCUUACAACGACUUUUUCGGUAUUAUUCGUGAGUUGUGUGAAGAACCCGACUUGUUUUUUAUUGUUGUUGGGAAAAGUGAAGGCUUAAAUAUAUAUAAUUACGUAGCUUCAGUCUCAAGGGUUCAGUUAGUGUUUAUUCCUCUUUCGCCGCUUGAGAACCAUAGUAUCGUGGAACAUUUGGAGAAAAGUUCUUCCUUUUUAUUCCCUGGGAGCCCAAAGGUUUCAGAAAUUCUUUGUCACGAAGACUUCUCAACUAGUGAACUUGCAGAAUUGUUGUUGGAAUUGACUGGUGGUGUUCCUGGUUUACUUGUUCGAGCAAUCAGUUACCUUUUGCUGUAUAAAUCAUCCAACAACAAUUUCUUAUUAUCUAAGGAAACCUUCUUGAUCAUAAUGAAUAGCUUUCUAGUAACAAAUUAUUGUGUUGCGCCAUUCUUACCUCGUCUGAUAAGUCUCAGUGAGCAGCGUAAGCGCUUGUUAAGAAUGCUUUGGUUAUUAUCUUUGUAUCGUAUUCGAUUUGAUUUUGAUGAAACUGUGCAAAUGAGCUCAAAUUCUGAUGUGUUUUUGUUUGAUCUAGUUACAGAUAUGUGUCUCUAUCGUCGAUUGGUUAUAGAACCAGACCGCAACGAACGCUAUGAAGUGUUGAUUCCCAAGUUACUGAUUGAAUAUAUUGACCAAGGCUUAAAGGAUGAUCGUUUAGAAUGGUUACUUUUACAAACUCUCAAGUCUCAAUCUGUUGAAUUCUUUUAUGAGUCGAAAUGUCGAAUUUUGGAAGGUCUUAUUGCUACACUGUUUUAUUUACAUUUUUCUCGGCGUCCUACAAACAGCUCAAUGUUUUCUACUCUUGGUCAAUUGUCUCGUGUUUGGAAUGAAAUGAAUUUACAAUUUUCUUCCGAAUCUGCUGCUUAUUAUAUGAAAUCUAUACAUUGUACCAGAGCUGUAUUAGGAACAGAGAGAAUGACAUUUGGAAGCAAUGAUGAAUGGGAAAGGAUAGUGGAAGAAAUUUUAGAAUUUGAAAAGAUAUAUAUUCCAUUUCAUUCAACUUUUCAUAGUCCAGAUAUAUUAUUCAAGUUGCAUGGAAGAACGAAUGAGAAGAACUUGAUGAUGGUGGGUAUUGCUUGUAAAGGCCGAUGGAGUCGUAGUGGUAUUCGAUGGAAUGAAAUUUUGGAAGAAGCUCACAAGUUUUUAAAACCAGUUCAUGAUCAAGUAUUGACUAGUCAUCCUACAUGGCAUUGUAUGUUGAUUAUUAUGAGUACCAAGUUGGCUACAAUUGUAUCUGAGGACUUGAAUCAUUCUAGUCGUUGUUAUUCAUUUGGCGAUAGUGUUGGAGAAUUCUUGAUUCCUCACAACUGUGAAUUGGUUAUUCUUUCUGAAGCUGAUGUAGAAAACUUUAUUGGCAAAGACAUUUUAUCAAAUUUAAGGAACGCUUUCAAGUCUGUGGAUAAUCCACAUUCGAGAAAUAUUGGCAUUUCAACCCUACAAGAAAUAGUUUUAUCUCUUUCCAAAAAUAUUUAGGAAUGUCAUGUUAUUAUUCGUUAUUGAAUGCUUACUUGUUAUGAGAGAAAUAUUUGAAGUUCAAUAUUUUGUGAAAGAAGUGGGUUCUUAACCUUGUAUGACAUGAACUCUUUUAUUGGACUUGAAAAGAUUCUGAAAUGGAUUGAUUACCACAGCUGUAGUCUUCGAAGUUACAGAAGAUUCUCUUUGGAAAGGAUAGGCUUUGCAAGUAUAGAAUAUCCUCUCGUCAAUAGAGAGUCAACAAUAGCACAAGUUUUAGAUGUUUUUGUUGUCUCUUUUCCUUAGGACUUCGAGGUGUAUAUAAGGUGGGCGACGAAACAUGUGUUGCGCACCAGAAACGUAUGAAAGUGAAAAAGCACGUUUGAUAAGAAUUUCCAAAAGUUUCUCUUUUUGCCCGACAAAGUGAACUUGAUGCACUAUUUGAACUUGAAUAAUACGUUUCCUGGCUUUGCAAAGGUAGAGAGUGUAGGAGAACGUGAACUGAACGCUUAAUGGAACUUUACUUGUGUCAAGUUCACCCUUGUCUAUUGACCAAGGGGAAUUUGUUUUGAAACGACCUUUUGUAGUGGAUUGGCUACAAUUCAAUUGCC